ACCAACGUCCUUGCAACACGCAGUCUACGAAUCAGAGCUAAUACCGUGCCGUCUCUGACUUCUUCCUAUGUAAAGGAAAUUCCUGUGUGAAAGCUUUUCCAUCAUAUUACGCUUACUGCAAAUAGUGGAACACGUCAAAGAAGAAAGUAGAAGUUUUGUCGUUUAAGAGUUUGUCUAUUCGUUGAUAAAGAAAUUUCGUGACAAAAAUAUCUAAGUUUCAAAAGCGAUAUAUAAGAAACAAAUAAUAAACUGAAGGAGGACUAAGUAAAUUAAACGAGUGAUUUAACUUUUGUUUUAUUUCUCUUAUUAUUUUUCAUUUUGUCAAUUAGAAGAUUUACCUGUAAACGUUACGUAAAGUGUUAUUGUACUUUUUGAACGUGAUCACGAAAGUGAUAAUUAAAAGAUUAUUCAGAGAAAAUAGAUAGUUUUGUUUUGUAGAAGACAAAUAUUCAUUAACAAUUAAUAAUAUGAAGGAGAAAACGAGUUUUUGGAUUUGUUCGUUGGCUCUUAUCGUUAUUUUCGCUAUUUUACCGUCAAUGAGCCAUGCGCUUACAACUUUUGGAAAGACAAAUCCACAAAAUCAAAAUCAAAAUCCACCGCCGCCUCCUACUCCGGUUGGAAAAGCGCGUGAAUGUAGAAUGGAAUCGGACUGCGCUGGAAUUCAAAACACUACGUGCUUGGCCGAUUCACGGGAUGGAAGGACUCGUUGUCUUUGUGGUGAUUAUAAUGCGCCAGUAAACGGUGCUUGCACCAACAAAUACAAAGCUAUCAGAGCACCGUGCAACGAUGAUAGCGAAUGUAUCGAAGGUGCGCAUUGUAUUGUUAAAGGAAAUAACACUAAUUCUGGAAAACGCUGUUACUGUCGAGAGGGAUACGUCGAGGAUAAUUUGAUGUGCAGCGGCUGUUCAUCCAUCCUCACUAAUAUUUCCUGGAUACUGUUUCCGAUAUUAACGGUGUUCUUAGGAAGGAUUAAUUACUUAUAAAUCCUGCAAUACGUUUCAAUGAAAUAUCUCUUUUUGAAAAAGAUCAUUAUUUAAACAAAUCUUUAUUAUCUUAUGUACAAUGAUCUAUGACUAUUAAUAAUUUCGAUAGCAUUUCGAGUCAAUGAUCAGAAGAAUUUUCUUUUUUGUUUCCUUCUUCAUUUAUAAAUUAGAACACUUGAGUAAAAAAAAUAUCUUAAAUUCUAGGUACCUUCUACGUGUACUUUCAACGUAUAUAAAUAUUUUUUAAUAGCAUGUUUUCAUUCGAUUCAAUUUACGUAAUAUAUAUAUAUAGAAUUUGAUUUUUAUUGUUCCUAGAUAUACAUAAGUAUAUGUGUGUUUUAUUACGUAUUAAGUUUACAAUCGGAUAAUCGUAUCAUUGUCGAUUAUAAAAAAAAAAAAAAAAUUAAAAACAAUGCACCAUAAUUUUAUGUUUAGAAAAAAACGAAACUUUGAUCUAGCGCGUUCGUUUCCAUUAAAAAUAAACAACUCUCUCUCUCUCUUUCUCUMUCUCUCUCUCUCUCGAUAAAGUAUAAAUUCAUUAGUAUACGAUCGAUAAGUUAAAAUUCACUAUGCGUCGUGAAUUGUACGAUGCAUAAUCGUAUUUGUUCUUAUUAUCAGUAAUAUCAAAGUUCGUUCACAAAUUCAUCGGAAUAUCGUGGCGCAUAAGAUAUAAAUAUUAUAUAAUAAUAUACUGGUUGGCUCAGUUUUGUUUUUGUUUUUCUGUAAAAUUUCUUCAACAUAUUCUAUAUGAAAAAAUAAGGCAUGGACUGUGAAAGUUAACACAAGUCAAAAUUUAUUGACAUGAUAAUUGGCCAUGAAAUUGGUCUCCAUCGAUCUUAUCAAUCGUUGAGGAUAAUGCAAUAAAUGUUAUCGAAAUAAUGAUCAUCUUCUAGCAAUUCUGGCUACAAUUCGUUUAAUAGAAAACUGGGACAUCUUUUAUAUCUAUUAUUUUAAUAAAUACAUGAUUCAGACUGUAUUUUAAGAUAUAGUAAUUAUUUGUAAUUUAUUUCUCGACUAUAUAAUGUGCAAUUUAUUUGAAGUAUGGCAUAAUUAGGCGCUUGAUUAGUAAAACAUUAUUAAAUGCGUCUGAAAUUAUAUUGAAAGAUUUAAUCUAGAUGGAAAUGAUUCUCGAUCUAUGGAUAUUUACAACAACAAAAAAAAAAAAAAUCUCUGAAGUACAUCGACACU